GCGAGAGGGAGAGGGACGAUGCGGCUGGCGCUUCUGAUCUGCUUCCUGCUCGAGGCUCAAGCUGUUAGCAGACUGCGAACGUUCAGGCCUCUCACUCACGACCAUGAGGCCGCAGCUCAACUUUCAAUGUUGGCACGAAGUGAGGAAGGGCGUGCUGAGCUACAAGGAAGGCUCUCGUCGCUCAUGGCGAAUGGAUAUUUCACAUCGCUGAUAGAAAACACAGCGCAGGCACAAGCAGAUCAAGAAGCACAAGGCGAUGGAUUCACCAUUGCGUUUGUUCCUCAGAACAGCACUGUUUACAACCCAGACCUGAGCUCUACCUUCAAAGUGGUGCCUCACCAGGCUUUCAUGCUCGGGUAUGCGGACAAUACGCACUUGAAAGGGUUUCAGGCCAACGACAUAGUUCAGCUCGGCGACUACUACGACUUCGCCGACUUCGGUGCUGUCACCGACUGUAAUAGCCCGGAUUUCAACGACGUCGAUGGCAUCGUUGGUUUCGGUCUGCCGUCGCCCCCUCCCGCUCAACCUGCGCAAGCUCCGACCACGUCCAUCAUGCCAGGCAUGGCUCCGAGCGGCGCCCCACCAGCUACGCUUCCGAUGCCUCUGCUCUUCUCUUUGACGAAGCAGAGCACGGAUGAUGAUUCUAAAGUGCACAAGCUUGAGCGACGGGCGUUCUCGUUCCUCUCGACGGACAAGAGGGCGGAGAUCCAUCUUGGGGGUUUCGAUCCUGAUGCGAUUGAGGGCCAGAUGUUCCUCACUCCCUCGAUCUCUCCUCAUGAUUACUCGGUUGUUGCUGUCUCACUCAAGUAUGGUGACACCGAACUGCUUCAGUUCAAGCCGAC